AUGCUUAAUCGCGUUUUGGUCUUCCAUCCAACACCUAGCCAUCUACACCCUUACAAGAGGUGAUCAUAUCCAACAAAGAUGUCGAUGGAUGUAAGCUCAAGCAAGUAUAUCCAAAGUGGUGCUCCACUGCCACCAUUACCGGGCUCGGAAGAAAUGGCAGCAAAAGUGGCAGCCUACAAUCAAAGUGAAGAUGCAAACAGACCACCACCAGGCAAUCUAUUUUGCGUAGUUUGUGCGUCAAACAAUAAUCGUAGUAUGGAAGCUCAUAAUGUUUUACAACAUGCUGGUUUGAAUGUCACUUCGGCUGGAACGGGAAGUGCGGUUAGAUUACCUGGACCUUCGGCUGAUAAACCCAAUAUUUACACUUUUGGUACCCCGUACGAUACCAUUUAUCGAGAUCUUGAAGGGAAAGAUCAGAGAUUGUACACGCUCAACGGGCUGCUACCGAUGCUGGAUCGCAAUCGACGGAUCAAAUCAGCUCCUGAAAGAUUCCAAGAGAGGAGAAAUUUGGCCGAUAUCGUGAUCACAUGUGAAGAAAGAUGUUUUGAUGCCGUUUGUGAAGAUCUACUCUCCCGGCAUGGCGAGCUAAAUCGACCCGUUCAUGUGAUCAAUGUGGAAAUCCGAGAUGAUCAUCAAUCAGCUCUGGCUGCCGGUAAAGCAAUCUUGGAUUUAGCAAGAGUCAUCGAGGCAUCUUCCUCGCUGGACGAUGAUAUCACUUCAAUUUUGGAACGUCAUCAAGAACGAUUUCCACACGCUUUGUUGCACAGUAUUCACUAUUAUUGAGCUUUUGUCUCAUUUAUCUUUCUCGUUGGGUACCUUCGAAACGGGCUUCAUCACACACCACACACACAUCAUCUGUAACAAUACAAUUUCAUCCAAUCAAAAUCUUCAUGUAAGUAAAAGAAAACAAGGUCAUCACAUCGAUCAAUU